CAGAGAGACUUAGGUUAGGAGAGGUACCAACUUCUGUCCCACCCAGGAGGCAGCAUCCGCCUCCACCCUGUGAAGCCAAGGAGAGGCCCUUGCUGUCCUCCUAGACAAGAAAGGCCAGUGAGAACUCUGUCAUUCCACAGAGAAGAACUCAGGGGCCCCCUGUAGCUCCCGGGAUCCCGCGGGGAUUAGAGGGUCAAUUUUUCUGCCUUCUGGAAGAUGCCCUGGAAGGCCUUGAUGCUGCUUCUGCUGUUCUCCGGCACCCAGGCUACUGAGUCCCGCAGGUGGAGCAGGGCUGCGCUGUUCCCUGCUGCCCACCGGCCAAAGAGGUCCUUGUCAUUGCCCUUGAAUCCAAUCCUGCAGACCUCCCUGGAGGAUGUGGAACUCCUCUAUGAGAUCUUGCUGGCUGAAAUGGAGAUCAGCCCAGACCUGAAGAUCUCCAUCAAGGAUGAGGAACUAGCCUCCCUGCGGAAGGCCUUGAACUUCCACUCCAUCUGCAAUAAUAUAAUCCCCAAGCACAUCCCAGAUAUCCGCAGGCUGAGUGCCAGCCUGGCCAACCACCCUGGAAUCCUCAAGAAAGAAGAUUUUGAAAGGACAGCACUGACCCUGGCUUACACAGCCUACAGAACAGCUUUGUCUGAAGGGCACCAGAAGGACGUCUGGGCUCAGGCCCUCAUUAGCCUUUUCCAGGCCCUGAGGCAUGACUUGAUGCGGUCCUUGGGCCCUGGAGUGUCUUCCUGAGAGCCUGGCGGCCCAUACCAGAACCCUGAAGCAUGGACAGGCACACACUGUCUUUCAGGAUAUUCAUCCUUUACUCACAGAGUCCAUGAAAAAAGUUUGUACUGUCCACACAGAAUAGCAAAGAUAAAUGAGUCAUCCCAAUACUCUUUUGUUUCUUGUUGCUUCCUGACAUAUAUCUCUGACCUAUAAUAUAAUGUUAUCUGAGCUAAAAGAAAGGACUAGAUUGAGCUUUCAAGAUACCUCCAGAGGCCAACUGGUCUACCUGGUAAUAAGCAGAAGUCUAAGAUACCCACACACACAAGAGCAAGAACUGAGGAUGGGGUCUAGACAUGACAAGAAGUUGGUGGACAGAAUUUGUUGGUUCUCAGGGACCUGUGCUUAAUGAACAUUUCUGGCAGGUCCUAUGGUAAAUAUUUUAAAAGUAGAGAUACAUUCAAAUAAACACACUGUUGUCUAGGAAGGAUAUACUUGGUUUCCUCAAAGUCAUGGAGAAGAAUCAGUCACAAAAUCAAUAAUGUGGUGACCUACAUGGCUUGAUUCAUCUUUUCUGAAGUUAUUCUGAGACAGGAGAAAUAGGAAGGCCAUGGAAGUGCUAAUAGUCCAUCCAUGCCCUGUCAUUUGAAAAUGG